AUGUCUAAAACAAAGUACGAUAGUUUCAAAGAUUUGAGGAAGAGCAAGUAUGACUGGAAGGUUCAAGCGAGAAUACUUCAUUUCUGGAGAGGUUUCUCAAAAACCAAGCAAUCUUUCAAAAGCUUCAACAUUUUACUUGUGGAUAGUAAACGUGUACGAAUCCAUGCAUUUGUACCUGGAACUGAAGCUGAUGAGCUUGCUAAACUUCUGGAAGUGGGCAAGGUAUACUUGAUAGAGAAUUUCACAGUAAGUGAUUACACCAGCGAUGACAAAUUCCGAUGUGUAAGGAAGGAAAUACAAAUCGUGUUUGAUAAUCAAACUAAAAUCACACCUUUGGAAGAAAAAGCUGUUAAUAUUGAGAAGCAUGUGUUUGAUUUCUUUGAUCUGUCUGAUCUCAAAUCAUUGGUAAACCAACAAACUUAUCUUGCUGAUGUUAUUGGAGUUAUGGAAAAACCAAAACCUCUUGCUAAAAUAAAAAACAGACAUGGCAUCUUGCAAGACCAGAUCAAAUUUCGAAUAGCUGAUGGCAGUACAAUUGUCAAAGUUACUUUCUGGGAUGAGUUUGCAGUUAGAUUCUCAGCAGCGUUGAAACAUAAUUUUCAGUGCCCUAUUAUCAUUAUCAUUGGAAGUGCUCGAAUAACCGAGUGGUCAAACGAACCUACAAUAGCUAAUGCUUCUCCUACAAGUUUCUAUCUCAAUUGUGAUCACCGAAACGUUGCUGAGUUCAGGAAAAGGUUGUCUUCCGAAUCUUUUCCUGAUAUGAACCUUGAUUAUUCAACAAAUGCAACUCUUGAUGUUUAUAAAGUCCAAUCUAUUAAAGAGUUUAAAGAAGAUCAGAUUCUGAAGGAGGUUUUAUGCCAGGUUAAAAUCAGAAAAAUACAAAAUAUUAGCUCCUGGUUCCAAGUUUGUAUUUUUGCUUCUGAUGAUACUGGUGCAAUUGAUAUAAUGCUUGAAGAUCGUGAAGUGCGUACAGUGAUUGGAAAAUCAGUUUUCAACAUAAUUGAUGAGGGACAAAGCAAGGAAAAUCUACCAGUGAUACUGAAAAGCAUGGAAAACAAGGACUACACCAUCAAGUUGCUUAUAAAGAAGGAAAACAUAACUGAGGAUUACCCGAUCUAUAGUGCCGAAGACAUAAUGGAAGGAUUUAAAAUUGAAACUGACAGUGAUGAUGAAAGUACUCCACAUCCAAUUGAACAAAUGCAAACUCAACCAUCUGCAUCAAGCUACCAUUUGGAUUCUCUAUCUGGGAUAAGUUACACAUCAAAGAAGAGAGAGAAAUGA